AUGAAACUACCGACCAACAAAUCGCGCUCACUUCGUAUCCAAUGCCAUCCCAAGUUGAAAAUCGAUCCUCCGACGACUCUUAAAGCGCUCUACUAUGGGUCUCAAUCAGCCCAUCCUUCUCUGGUGGAUGUGGUGACCGUUAUCCAGCGUCGCGGUAAUGCGCAACCUACGAAGCCCUUCCCUGCACUCGAAUGUGUCCUCGGCACUACGACCCCCAUCCACGAAUGCCUGGUGGAAUGCAUCGCUGAUUCUGGGUCGAGGACCUUUAUCGUCGCCAUACAGGAGCGGCCGGGAACACCAAACGCAACGCUCAUCGAAACCCUGCGACUACCUGGCGAGGAUUGGUGCAUGGAGGUGAUAGUGAUGCAACUAGGACCAGAUGGGUCUGUAGUGGACUUCGGCAGCGGUGGGGACCAGCUGAAUCUUGCCAAAAACGCUGUUUGCCGCCUGCUUGCCCAGAUCCAUCAUCUGUUGAGGGUCGAGAGCGAGAUCGGUCAACCAUUCCUCUUCCCUGCGAACCUCCGUGUUGAUUCUGCUGCGCCCGUUCGGCGCUGA